CCUCCCCUCCCCCGCAAAACCACCAAAAAAAACCAGCGGCCGGUUGCCCCUCCCCCCUCCUCCCUUCCGCAGGCGCAGCCGCAGCGAGCGAGCAACGGACGGAAGCAAACGCAAAGGGGGAGGUCGGACGCGUUCCGCCGUUCCAUCCCACUCGCCGCCCCUCCCUUCCUCGCCGUGGUCGGGCGCGGCGCCACCGCCAUGGCCAUGUCCAAGCCGCAGCAGGGCGACCCCGCGGGCUUCCUCGACCUCGUCGGCCCGGACCUCUCCGCCUGCGUCUUCGCCCGCCUCCAGGACCCCGCCGACCUCGCCCGCGCCGCCACCGUCUCCCGCCCCUGGCGCAGAUUCGUGGAGGGGAACGGCUUCCUGAAGAAGGUGUGCGUGCGCAAGUUCCCGGAGCUGGCCGUGCUCACGGCCGCGGUGGAGGUGCGCAGGUCGCCCGCCCCCGACCCCGGGCCCGUCGAUGCCAACGCCGCCGCGCAGGCGGAGCACAGGAUCUACUCCCACCUCUACGGCGCGCUCGUCGCCGCCGGGCCCCCCGCCGACUGCAUCCUGCACUGCGUCGGCGCCUCCAGCACCGACAACUUCCCCGACGAGACCAUCGACAACACGCUCGAGCCGCAGGACCGCGUCAACAACCGCUUCUCCUACUGGUCCAGCGCCGGCCAGGACGACCCCAACGUGCCCGAGACGCUCACCUACAGGCUCGCCUCCGACAUCUGCGUCGUCGACGAGAUCAGGAUACAGCCCUUCAAAGCAUUCUUUCAGAUUGGGCAUCCUAUAUACUCUUCAAAGAUGGUGCGGUUCCGGAUGGGCCAUUGCAAACUUCCUCGUCCAUCAGAGUCAUUUAUCACAGAUGAUGAUGAUAACCAAGCAGUAAUUGCUGAUGAAAACUACAUCUGGACUUACACCUCGCCUGAGUUCCUUAUGUUACAGGAAAAUAAACUGCAGACGUUUAAACUCCCGCGCCCAGCCCUGUGCAUUGGUGGCGUAGUAAAGAUUGAGCUGCUGGGAAGAGUGCAGAAACAAGCAACAGAUGAUAGGUAUUACAUAUGUGUCUGCCAUGCUCAAGUGGUCGGGCGUUCGCUCUCACCAGUGUUCAUGGUCGACAUCAACGACUCGGCUGGCUACUCCAUCCUCAAGCACCUGCCAGAGGCCAAGAACCUCAGCGUGGAGGAAGUGAUGCAGGACAGCGCUAGUGACUCGCAGGAGUGGAAGGACGCUCUGGCCAGCUACAGGGAGACGAGUCAUCUGGCCACCGCCCUCAUGAACGUGCUCCACGAGGGGGCCGCGCACCCCGCGCAGGACCAGCAAGGGGACGCGCCGCACUUCCCGCAUGGCGCGGCGCUUCUGCAAGAGAUCCAAGCAAUGCAGGGAGAUGCGAACCUCAUGCAGCAGCUGCAGGUGGACGCGCAGCUCCUGUAUUUGCUGCAAGACGGUGUGCUGCAACUGCAGGACGAUGAAGAUGGUCUACAGGCCAUGGACGAAGAUGAUGAUGCGGACGGCGGCGGCGUGUCGGACAACGACCCCUUCGCCUAGGCUGGUGAUGCAGAGAGAGUGAGUGAGAGAGACCGUUCGUUUGUUGUUGUGAACUAGUGGACUUGUGAACCAACCCUUGUAUGAACUAGCCGGGGGUGUAUAGUUGAGAGUAUACAGACAGCUGUUGUGAACUUGUUGUGGUCGUCCAGACAGGGUUUAAAAGAGUUUAAAAGUCAUGGUUUGCGACUUUGGUCA